AUGCUAGCUGUUGAUUGUCAUGAGGAUUGUUAUGAACAAAGAUGGCCGAAAGUAAAUACAAUUGUAAAACGUAUUCUUAAUACGGAAAAUGUCACCAGAGAUGAGUGGCAAAACAUGUUUGCUGAUGUACAUUAUAUCGUAUCAUGGCAAGAGUCGGCGACACCAGCCAUUAUCUCCUCACUGACUGAAACCGUCAAGGAGUCAAUCAUGAGAGUCCAACAGCUUGUGAUGCGCAACCAAGAUGAAUCGUCACUUUUAAAAUCCUACAUAGCUCAGUGGAAUAAAUUCUCCAAACAGAGCGAAUACCUUCCGCAACCAUUCAGUCCACUAGAAAAUUAUCUUGUUGGCAAACAUCUUAAUGGUCCAAACAAACGUCAUCUCCAGGAAAGUACCAUUAGAAAAUUAAUGCUUGAAACCUGGAAUAGCACAAUUUAUGAGUCCAUCAAGCAGAAACUUCUAGACAGUGCUAUUAAACUCAUACAGGAUGAAAGGUGUGGCCAGGUUAUUGACUCACAGCUCGUCAUUGGGGUGCGCGAGUCAUGUGUCAAUCUAUCUACCCUGUCAGAAAAGUCCUUCCGGAUUUAUGUGGACAACUUUGAGAAAGCAUAUAUUGACAGCACGGAGAGUUUUUAUAGGAUUCGUAUUGCAGAAUACAUACAGGAACAUGGAAUCCGCAACUAUAUGCAAUACGCCUUGCAAAAAUUAGCUGAAGAGGAGGCCAGAGCUGUACGAUAUUUGGAAACACAACCGGAAUUCAAUUCAGUCCCUAAAUUAAUGAAAGUUUGUCUUAAAACUUUUGUAGUGGAUUACAUGGAUCACUUGCUUUCGGAAGUUCCGAGGCUAUUGCAGGAAGAGGAUACAAAUCAACUAAGAUUGUGCUAUGAACUGAUUAAUCGAGUUCCUCAAGAAAUUGAUCCUUUAUUGGUUCUCCUAGAAGACUAUAUUCGACAGACUGGUCUUGAAGAUAUACGGGCGAAUGCAGAGACUAUGCUUAAGGAUGCAGAUAAAUAUGUCUGUCGAUUGCUGAACCUCUAUGUCCGAUUUUCACACAUGGUCAAAGAAGCUUUUAACAACGAUCCGCACUUUCUAACUGCCCGUGACAAAGCAUAUCAGGACAUUGUAAAUAAUACAUCUGUCUUUGUAACCGAGAUUCCAACAUCUGUUCGAAGUGGAGUAUCACGUGUGGAAUCUCGUUGUCCUGAAUUGUUGGCAUCCUAUUGUGAUAUGCUGCUUCGUAAAUCACCAACCAAUCGUCGUUUAACUACAGAUGAAAUUGAACAAAAACUGCGCAAUGUUCUACUAGUACUGAAAUAUGUGAAUAGCAAAGAUAUUUUUAUGCGUGUUCAUAAAUCUCAUCUUACCCGACGGUUAAUAUUAGAAACGUCAGCUGAUAAUGAAAUGGAAGAAUUAAUGGCUGAACGUUUAAGAGAAGUUGGAAUGCCUGCUGAACAAAUCAAUAAACUUGGGAGAAUGUUUCAGGAUAUCAAGAUAUCACACGAUCUGACUACAGAAUUCAAAGACAAGUUUAAACUAUGUCCACAUAGUCCUUCUACUUCUAAUAAUACACCGUCAUUGAAUUUAGACAUCAUCACUAUUAAGAUAUUGAGUGGUGGUGCAUGGCUGUUAUCCCCACAACCACAGUCAUCUGUAUCACUGCCAGCUGAAUUAGAAGACUUCUUGCCUCAGAUUGAAGACUUUUACCGACAAAAGCAUCAAGGUCGAAGUCUCCUAUGGCAACAUCAUCUUUCCCAUGGUGUACUGGCAUACACAAGUGAUAAUGGUCGAUUUGAAUUCGAAGUGACCACCUAUCAAAUUGUAGUUCUGUGCGCCUGGAAUCGAAGAUACAAUCAACAUCUUCGAUUGGACUGCCUACUUACUGCUACUGGUCUACAGGAUACUGACCUUCGUCGAACAUUAUGGUCGCUGUGUGAACAUCCCAAACUGGAACAACAACUUAUUUGUUAUUCCCCUAAAGUUGGUUCUGAAAAGCUGUUCACUGGUGAAACAGAAUUUUGGCUCAAUACCAAAUUUGUAAAUACGAAAAUGGGUAAAGUUCAAAAUCGGCGCAGGAUCAAUCUAAUCGGUCGACUGCAACUGACUCAUGAGACAAUAAGUGAAGAGGAGAAUAUGGCGAUAGUUGAACUACGCCAGUUAAGAGCUCAAGAAGGCAUAAUCAAAAUAUUGAAGACACGUAAACGUUUACACCAUAAUGAAUUGUAUCAAGAAUUAGUAGAUUUGUUAAGAUUUCAAUUUGUUCCCUCGAAACGCUUAAUCAAAGAAGUCCUUGAAUGGCUGAUAGAUAAGCGUUAUGUUCGGCGAGAUGAUAAUGAUAUGAAUAUAUUUGUAUAUGUAACAUGA